AUGGACAUCAAGAACAGUGAGGGUGGUGGGGCGCAUACUAUUUGGGAGGAACGGGGGAGUGAGGAAGUUUGCGGGGAGUGGCUGGCCCACUCACCACGACCAGCAGCAACACGACACGACACAAUACAACGAGCAGAUUCGCAUGUCGUGCUAUUAUACGUGCGACACAAGAACCCCCGCCGCCCGACCGCGCCACCAAGUUCGAGCCAACAACAGGCAACAAACACCAUGUACAUAUCGCCAUUAGAGCAAGAGCUAUGUCGGAAUCUGCGAGAACUGCCACGACGCCACAACUACCGUUUCGACAAGGCCGCUGAUGCAGAGCUGCGGCGGAUUCUCUUUGCGUCCUUGGCCAACCGCGGCGAGUACCUGGCCCUCUUCUUCCCCCACGGCCCACCGCCAGCCGAGUCUGAGAAGCCGUGGAGCCUGCGCGAUGCCCAGGGUGCUGUCGAAGGCGCCGAAUACACGGCGGCGGCGCGAGGAAAGCCGUGCGGACACAUCUUCAAGAACGGGGAGGCGACGUAUCGCUGCAAGACGUGCACGACCGACGAUACGUGCGUGCUCUGCGCCCGUUGUUUCGAUGCAUCAGACCACGAAGGCCACCAGGUCUUUGUCAGUGUCUCCCCCGGCAACUCGGGCUGCUGUGACUGCGGCGACGAUGAGGCCUGGAUCCGCCCGCUGCACUGCAACAUCCACUCGGCCGACCCCGACCCCGACUCCGACCCCGCGUCCAAGGCAGCUGGCAAGGCGCGUGCGGGCUCGAUGUUGCCAGAUGCGCUGCUGGAGAGCAUGCGGACGACGAUUGCACGGGCCCUGGAUUACCUCAUCGACGUCUUCUCAUGCUCGCCUGAGCAGCUGAGACUGCCCAAGACGGAAGAGUCAAUUCUGCAGGACGAGCGUGCCUCACGCCUCACAUCGCGAUGGUACGACCCGGGAGACCAGCCGGAUGAGUGCCGGGACUUCUGCCUCGUGCUGUGGAACGACGAAAAGCACACCGUCAAUGAUGUCAGAGACCAGGUUGCCCGUGCAUGCAAGCAGAAGAAAGCAUUCGGCCUCGCCAAAGCCUACCAAGUCAACGACGUGGGCCGCAGUGCCAUUGUCUACCGAACGGACCUCAAAGAGCUACUGCGCAUGGCUAAGAUCAUCGAAGAAAUCAAGCUGACCGUCACCAUUCGCUCUGCUCGAGACACGUUUCGCGAGCAGAUGGGUGAAGCCAUAGUUGAGUGGAUUGCAGACAUUGCUGCCUGUAGCGUGGGCGAGGACAAUCAUGUUUUGCGACGCACCAUCUGCGAAGAGCUCCUCAAGCCAUGGCGCGUGGGCAGCGAGGCAGCCAACCAAAUCAUUGGCAAAACCGGUCUCGAUGAUCAUGAAAUGGAGGACAGAGACGCCGAGCUGGAGAUGCUCCAGGGCUUCCAGCACCAGGCCCAGCUGGUAAGGCUGCAACGUCGCUGGACGGCUGCGGCAAAUGAUGACACCACUGCAUCUGAUGAUGACGAGGAGGAGGGUGAGGGGGCAGCUACAACGGGAGAUGACAUGGACAUUGACCAAGUCGGAGCACGAGACAAUGAUGGAGAUGUCGAGAUGGAAGCGUACGAGAGUGCCGAUGAAGCGCUCGAAGUAUCCGAGGCAACCCUGGCUGGUUAUCCUCCUCCACCACCGCCGCCGCCGCCAGUAGUGCCUCCGCAACGCAAUCAGCAAGAGCAUAGUGUCACGCCCGCCGAGUCAGAUAGCGAGCCCACGGUCGGAGCACCGUCGCUCAGUCAUGUAGAACCCUUGAUACCUGUCCCAGAGACCCCUCAGACACGAUCGUUACCACUAAGACAUUCUCGUCCCCCCAGAUAUUGGCUAGAGAAACCAGAAGGCUACGGCAAGAAGCCUGGCAUUCCUCCCCAUGAAGAUCUGUGGCAGCGUCUUCGCCUGGAUCAUUUGAUAUUGUACGACCUGCGCAUGUGGAAGCAGCUGCGCGUUCGUUUGCGUGACGUCUUCAUCAGCACAGUAGUCACGAUACCCCAGUUCAAGCGUUUAUUGGGCUUGCGCUUCGCUGGCGUCUACACUGCUCUCGCUCAAUUAUAUCUCAUUGCAGAUCGUGAGCCUGACCACUCGAUUAUCAACCUAUCUCUCCAGAUGCUCACAACGCCAUCAAUAAGCUCCGAGAUUGUCGAGCGCGGCAAUUUCCUCACCAACUUAAUGGCCAUCCUCUAUACAUUCCUAACUACCCGUCAAGUUGGCUAUCCAUCCAAUGUUGAUCCCAGAGCCACUCUGGCGUUUGAACAGGGUGCUGUCACUAAUCGUAGAAUGUACCAUUUCUUCAUGGAUAUGAAGUACCUUCUAGGUUCUGAUUUUGUUCAGGAGCGUAUCCGCGAGGAGGAACGUUACUUGCUGCAGUUUUUGGAUCUGGUGAAGCUACAUCAAGGCAUAUGUCCCAACGUUCGUGCCGUUGGAGAGCACAUCGAAUUCGAGUCGGAAGCGUGGAUCAGCGCAUCCUUAAUUACACGGGAGAUUAAUAAGCUCUGUCGACAUUUUGCAGAAUCAUUCACUUGGAAGCGGGACGAGGAUCCUACAAACAUACGUCGUGCUAUACGUGCAGCCGCCAAGGUGGUCAUUGUCAACUCCUUGGGUGCUGAGAGAAAGCGCUUCGAUCAGACCGAGUUGAAAGAGAUGACGAGAUUCAAAACACUGCCCGUGUUCGAGUUCGAUGCCGAGCCGUCUACAUUCCAGGGGCCGUCUUACAAAAUCGUUGACUACAUGAUCGCAAAGGAGCCUAUGAGCUUCCAUCACGCUCUCCACUACACAGUAUCUUGGCUCAUCGAUCGAGCACGGGAUAUGCCUCGCGAAGUACUCUUGCAGUUGCUCUUGUUCACUCACGACGAGCUGCAGAUGGACCACAGUCCAACGCUAGUGCCGGUACCGCUUUAUGAUCCUGAAGAGUACCUGCUCGCAAUGUUUGACUUUCCGCUCCGAGUCUGUGCGUGGCUAUCGCAAAUGCGUGCAGGCAUCUGGGUGAGGAACGGGAUCACGCUUCGACACCAGAUGACGCAGUACCGCAGUGUAGGACAACGAGACGUCGCUCACCAGAGAGACCUCUUCCUUCUGCAAUCUGCGCUUGUAUUGUGCAACCCUUCUGUCUUCCUCGCAACCAUGAUAGAUCGCUUUGGUUUGAUGGGUUGGAUGACAGGCAAAUACGAAGCUAGCCACCAUGGCUUCGAGGAUACACAAGCCAUAGAUGUGGUUGAGGACUUUGUCCACCUUCUCAUAACAAUACUUAGCGAGAGAAUAUCUCUAGUCGCGACAGAGGAGAAUUCCGAAUCACAUCUAGCGGCCAUGCGCAGGGACAUUGCUCACAUUCUGUGUUUCAAGCCACUGUCCUACUCAGACAUGACUGCACGCCUCUCAGACCGUAUACAGAACAUGGACGAGUUCCCAGCUGUUCUUUCGGAGAUGACCAGUUUUCGAGCACCCGAGGGCCUCUCUGACAGCGGGACCUUUGAACUCAAGGAAGAAUACCUGGACCUAGUCGAUCCGUAUCUGCACCAAUACAACCGUAAUCAGAGGGAGGAGGCAGAGAACACGUACAAGGCCUAUAUGGCCAAGAAGACUGGGAAACCAGUAAGCGACAUUAUCUAUGAGCCGAAGUUGCGACCGAUCCACUCUGGACUGUUUCAAAAUCUCUCCGACUUUACGCGGACACCACUGUUUACGCAAAUUAUCUAUUACCUGCUGGCGUAUGGGUUAAAAGCAGACACAGCCACGCCUAAUAUCCCUGUUACGCGUGUAGAGGCAUACAUACAGUUUGUUCUCCAACUUGUAUUGGUAGCUGUGCUCGAGGACAAGUCCGAAGAGCACGAGUGGUCGCAACCUGUCCCCGACUCUUUCGUCACUUCAGUGUUGACCAGGGAGGCAAAGACAGGCAUCCGUGACCACCUCACCGUACUUUCCCUCCUCAAAGCUCUUCAGGAAAGAGAAGACCUCAAAGCUUGUGAACCAAAGAUCAACCUAAUUCUCCACCGACUAAAACAGCGACAACAGAAUACUUUCAUCAUCGCAGCUGCAGCACUCAACAUUCCCACUGAUGGGAUGGACACCGCCUCUCCAGCAUGUUUCACAACUCAGGAUAAAGAAGAGAAGAAGAAGCAAGCCCUAGACCGACAAGCCAAAGUCAUGGCAGCCUUCAAAGAGCAACAGGGCAAGUUUUUGGCCAAUCAAGAAUUCGAUUGGGGCGAAGACGACUUCAGCGACUUGGAAGACGAAACGGGCGGUCUUGUGGAGCAGGAGAAGACCUUGAAGUAUCCGUCUGGUACCUGUAUCUUGUGUCAGGAAGAUUGUAACGAUCAGCGGCUCUACGGCUCUUUCGGCUAUGUUUACAAGAGCAGGAUACUCCGUCAGACUGAUGUACAAGAUGAUGACUGGGUUGAUGAGGUCGUUCACACUCCUGUCAGUCUUGAUCGAUCUACGGACCAUGUCCGACCAUUUGGUGUAUCCGGCAAAAAUCGACAUACUAUCACAAAGGUCACGGCAGGUGGUGAGCGUACUACGAUCGAACGACAAGAUUUGGGUAAGGGGUUCCCUCCUACCAAAGUCCAGCCCGGCCCGGUCACUACAGGUUGCGGACAUAUCAUGCACUUUGGCUGCUUCGAGGUCUAUCUACAGGCGACACAGCGCCGCCAUGUCAGUCAAAUCGCAAGAAAUCAUCCGGAACGUCCUGAACUCAAGGAGUUCAUGUGCCCUCUUUGCAAGGCUCUAGGAAAUCUGUUUCUGCCUAUCAUUUGGAAGCCCAAAAAGGUGUCCAGUACAGGCGUUUUGGAAACCCAUGUAUCCUUCGACGACUGGAUCAGGACCGACCUCGUCACGACGUGUAAAAGUGUGGAGAAGAGUACAGGAAAGGUGCUGGUAGAUCUUUCGCAAAAUCAAAAGGCGCUUUACGAGUUUGCAGAGCACGAGUUCAUCCAACCUGUGGCCAGUCGUCUUUCAGACCUUCUCAAGCCACCACCGCCACCAACGCCCGCCUCGAUGCAAGCACACUCAUACUUACCAGCCUUCCUGAAUCUGCAGACCGCUGACACGAUCGAAACUGUAAUACAUGCUGGCGAGACCAGCCCAGCUCCAAUACAGACAAAUCCCAUGAUAGAGCUUACCGUCAUAUAUCGACGGAUCAAGGAAACCUUGCGCGCAAACGGCAUACCUUCAGGUUUUACAUAUCCAUACGCCUCCGCACCUCCCACGGACGAUUUGACGCACACUGAUACUCUUGCUCGAGCUUUGGGCUACUCGAUCGCAGCUGUAGAGAUUGCGCAGCGAGGUGUACAGUCAGAGUCUAUGAGAGGUACCUUGAUUGACAGAAUCUCGCCACAGACGAUUACGCAUCUCCGGGUUUUUUCCGCGACAGUGUCGUCAUAUAUCACCAUUGGAAGUCUCAGGGGACAGAAUCCAAGCAAAACACUCGAAGAGUUUACAGAGAUGCAACGUCGGCAAAUCCGCCAACUAUUCGUUGGCCAUCCUGGUGUAUUCGAUCCAGAAGUGCUCCCCUUUGACCUGAAAGGUAUCACGCCUCUCUUGUGCCAGGAUCCCUUCAUCUUCCUCUCCGAAUGUGCAGUUUGUGUAGUUCCCGCGACCAACAUUGACAUCCAUCACGUCCUCCGACUAUGCUACCUAGCAGAGAUUGUCCGCGUAGUCUCCACCUUCUGUAUGGCUGGGCAAGACCAAUCUACAAGCGAUGCAGAGACCAGCACGAAAGCCCGAUUUCCGGAAGUCUCGCGUUUUGUCAACACCGACAAGGUCAAGAACGAUCUCUUCCUCCCCGAGCAACUCGCCGACUUUUUAUUCUUCAUUGGCGUCGUCUUCGACAGUGCGAACAUGCGCAAUAGCUGCCCCUCCCCAGAUGAUCCAAAGUACAAGCUCGAAUGCGUGCGGGAUCCAAAUUUCCUCUACGCCAUAUACACGAUGGUGUCCACCUACGCGCUACCUUUUGUGCGUAAAGCAGCCAUACUCAUGCACGUCCGUUAUGGCAUCGAAUUACCCAGCAUUGCCUCUGAGCGCGUCGAUGAAGCAGAGCUCCAGCGCCUCUCCUAUCUUUUAAAGCUUCCCUCGCUCCACGAGAUCUUUGCGUCUUUUGCUUCGCGCUCGCCAGCAGGAUAUACGACACGUUUUGUGGUCGAAGGCUGGAUCCGCCAUUUACGCUGGGUGCAAACGGGAAAUGUGCCCCUUCGACCGACCGUCUCGCUCUCGCAUCCGGCCAUCUUCGAACUCGUGGGUCUGCCGCGGAACUUUGAUACCCUGACCGACGAGGCGAUUCGGAGACGCUGUCCGACGACGGGCAAGGAGAUUACCGAUCCCGCGCUUUGCCUGUUUUGCGGCAUCAUUGUUUGUAGCCAGGCUGUGUGUUGUAUGAAGGAAGGCCAUUUGGGUGGUUGUACGCAGCAUUUGGCAAAAUGCGGCGGCACCAUCGGCAUCUUCAUCCACAUUCGCAAAUGCAUGGUCCUCUUCCUUAACAUGGACCACGGUACCUGGGCCGUCGCCCCCUAUCUCGACAAGCACGGCGAAGUCGACCCGGCCCUGCGCCGCCACCACCAGCUGUUUUUGAACCAGAAGCGCUAUGAUGCGUUGUUGCGCAAGGUCUGGCUCGACCAUGGCAUUCAGAGUUUGAUUGCUAGGAGGCUCGAGGGGGAUGUGAAUAAUGGGGGUUGGGAGAGUCUGUGA